ACUUGUAAUAUAUUCCUUACCCAAGGCCCACAUGUAUAUGAAUAUCGAAAUAAGGUAUUACGGUCAAAGUUGAAAAAUAAAGAUCAAAAACUUGGGAAAACUUCUUCCUCCUUAAGUACGGAUCGAUAUGGAACAGUCUUCCCUCCAAAAUACGCAUGGCAGCUGGAUUACAUACAUUUGUAAGACUUCUAACUGAAGCCCUUGCUUGCACUGAUAUAGUAUGCGCGGACAUACCUACAUCCUACUCAAGCAUCGUAGGCCCUCUAUGUAUAUAGACCAUGUAAGACUCUGAGUUUGAUACCCCUUACUUUCUUUCCUUGUAGUCGUAUGAGAUAAUUUCCCUACCUAAUUUUUAUUUGAAAUAGACAGGUAGCUCACUGAACCUAUGGACACUGCUCAUCUACAGUCGGUCGCUAAGGGGAGCUCAAUAUUACCCUGGUGAAUAAAUUUGUUUUAACUUGUAAAAGAAGAGAUAGCCAUGGUAACCCUGUGUGACAAUUUCAAUAGUUAUCAAAUGAGCAUUGUAAAUACAGAAGGUACACAACUUAUCUUAAUAACCCACUCCUUUCCUUAAGGUACUUCAGCAGUCCUGGUUAUUUUUCAUUUCGAUAAGGAAUUAUGUAAGACAUUCAACAAUAGUGUAGUUCGUCAGAAAAGUGUAAUGAAAAGCUAUGGAAACGGUCAGUCAGUUGGAUUUGCUGAUGAAGUUGUUUGUUUAGACGGUGACUGGAAACGCAAUACAACGAUUGGCUUUCUACAUUUUGAUUCCGCUGUGGCGGCUCAGAGGUGGCUUAUCAGCGAUCCAAUAUUUCGUCAGCACGACUGGUUGGAUGAUGCGGAAAUAUGGAUUGUACCUUUAUGUACGGAAAUAAGACCAUGGAAUUACUUGCAAUUGAGUUUAUUUAACUCAAUUAAUGAAGACAACUUUAAGAACCAAUAUUUACCAAAAUUUGAAGAAUCAGUUUCAAAAUUUGGAGGAGUACCAUUUAUUAGUUCAACUUCCUAUAUUGAAGUACCUCGAGGACUAAAAGAAAUCGACUAUUUAAUUAUUACUGGAUGGCCCGAUGACGAUAGUUCUUUUAAGUGGAACCAAAGUCAUGAAGCAGAAGAACUAAGAAAUAUGCAGGAAUCUUUUUCAAAGUCUUCGACAAUAUUGGCGAUGAUACGACAUAAUUACUAGUGCGUCAUUAUUAAUGGUUCAUAUAUGUACACAAUUAUCAAAGCAUACUUGUAAAAUAAACAAAUGUUUGCAACAAGAGUAGCACCUGCAACUAAAAGUAGAAACUUCAAAAACAAUCAACUUGACUUCCGAGACCGUUUGUGUACUUUACUGAAUUACUAGCAUGGAGAAAAGUGAAGAUCUCAUCAAAUAAUGAACAUAGAUAAGCAGUAACAAAAUCCUUAUUUGACUAAUACACUGUCAUAAGGCUCUAGGAAGAAUGUCUCUUUGAGAUAUCACCCCAACCUCGUGAACUAACCAAACGCGUAGUCGGAGUAGCAAUGAACAUUUCACUCAAAGCUAAACAAAAUAAAAGCUAUGGUGAUCUAAGCAUACUUAUACCCUAAAGUUUAUAGGCCAAGACAAGUGUUCACUACAAGAAGUAAUUUUCACAAAUUAUAAAGUUUAUACUGGGAAAUUUGGCCGAAGGAUUAUCUAAAGUCAGAUUUACGUUCCUCAAACUUGAACAUUAAAUUCCUCAUUUGAUAGUUUUUAGUAUCACACGUAAAUAGCGUUGGAAAGGAC